AUGAAGAAAACCCUCGGCCGUCAAAAGAUCGAAAUAAAAAAGUUAGAGAAGAAGAGCAGUAAACAAGUAACGUUUUCGAAACGUCGUGUUGGACUUUUCAAGAAAGCUAGCGAGCUCGCUAUUCUUUGCGGAGUAGAGGUAGCCAUUAUUGUCUUCUCUCCCAAUGAUAAGAUUUUUUGUUUCGGUCAUCCGGAUGUCGAUGUGCUUUUGGAUCGCUAUCUCACCGGAAAUUUGUCUCCGCCAAAGCAAGCAGAGAGUUAUAUUCCUGUAGCGGAGUUUAAUCGUGAUUUCACUGAUAUUGCAUUGGAGUUUGAGGCAGAGAAGAAACGAGCGGCGGAAUUGAUUCGUGCGGCAGAAAAUUCAAGGAAGAACGGCGGAUUUUGGUGGCGGGAGGCGGUGGAAGGAAUGAGAUUGAAAGAAUUGAAGGAGUUUCGAUCGGCAUUGAUGAAUUUGAGAGCCAAAGUGGCAGAGAGAGUUGAGCAAUUGACGUCGAUAAGAAUCGGAGGGCCUCUGUUACCAGCAUUACCACCGCCGUCCGCCCUGUCUCUUAUACACAUCUAG